AUGGGCGCGGGCGCAUUCCUCGAACCUCUCGCUGUGGUCGUCUUGCUCUUCGGCGGAGCCUGGAUCAACCGAGCGACCGACUACUCCUUAUCUGCGAAAAACCCCCGAUGGGAAGAACCGGCGCUGGUCGCUCGAGCGGUUGACGGGGACGAUGAUCUGGAUGUGGAGGAGGCGCAAUUGACACACUCCAAAAGAUCGCUGUCGCCAUCUUUAUUACCGUCACAGGAGGACAAAUGGCGGGAGCGAGAGAUUCGUUGGCUGGGAUUCCGCACGGUGGUCCAGACGCCUAAUACUGCUGUCUUCCGCAAUCGGCUACUCAGCAGGGUGCUCCAUAAGUUUCCCUUCCUGGUCGAGGCAUGGUAUUGGGCACUCAUCUACUGGGUCUAUCAACUCGGUCGAGCAUUCACAGCGGUGACCCUGGUCGAAGGCACCGUGCAUGUCGCCCGUCGACAUGCUCUCCAAGUCAUUGAAAUGGAGAAGCGCCUCCACAUCUUCUGGGAGAUCCCGAUCCAAAAGUUCUUCAUGUCCUAUCCACGCCUCAUGAUGCACAUUAACUGGCUAUACUCAUUCAUACACAUUCCUGGUACAAUCGCAUUCUUAGUCUGGCUAUACUACUACACUAUCACGAGACCCUGGCUCUACGAAGCGCGCAGACGGACUAUGGCAGUGUGUAACCUGCUCGCAUUCGUGGUGUUCACAAUUUGGCCCUGCAUGCCUCCGCGUCUGCUUAGCGAUCCGGCAUAUACAGGUCCUCAGGCUGAGCUAGCCAAGAGCUAUGGAUUUGUUGAUACCGUUCACGGCAAGGAGGGCGCGAGCAGCGUCUGGACGCAGAACAAGUUCUGCAACCAAUAUGCUGCCAUGCCGUCCCUCCACUUCGGCUACUCCCUCAUGAUUGGUGUGACCAUCAUGACCAUUCCUUUGGCGCCCGAACAUCGCCGCUCCAAAUCCCUCCGGCUUCCUUUCUUCAACAACUCGCAUCCCGAACUAGCACCGGCCAUCCGCCUCCCGAGCCCUCGUCGUCUCGCCUGCCUCACCCUUGGCUUCAUGUACCCCUUUGCGAUUCUGAUUGCAAUCGUAUCUACCGCAAAUCAUUUCAUUCUGGAUGCCGUGGCUGGCUCCUUGGUUUGCGCGGUGGGGUGGAAGAUCAACCCUAUGUUGUUGAACCUACUCCCUUUGGAAGACUGGUUUCUUUGGGUCCUACGGAUGCACAAGCCUGUGCAGAUGCCUGUGGAAGCUGAAAGGGCAUUCGCCGUAAGUUUGAAGAAGGGAAAGAUUGAUGGCUGGAAUCCCGAACGGCCGGUAGUCGUCAACAAAUGA